AUUGCUCCCUACUGCUCUCUGUUGCUUCUACCGCUCCCUAUUACUUCUACUGCUCCCUAUUGCUCCUAAUAUCUCUUAUCAAUCUUGGAUUUUCUUAGAAUGAUGUUGCCAAUCAGCUUUAGCUGUUGUCGUAAGGCUUCUGCCAGAGCCGUCACAAUUACCAUUAUCAUUCGACACGUCGAUCAACCUUAUAAAGAGCUCGAGCCACAAAUUGAAUCUCAUAUGCACACUUUUCUCGAGUAUGCCGGCACCCAGGUUCUUCUGCAUAUUUCAAUACUUCUUCAAUUCCUUUUUGGCAUUUCAACUUAGAAUAAUGAUGGACUGCUUCUCCACUUUCACGUCCUGGAAAGGAUUCAAGAAAUGGCUGACUUUUACCAAAGCCACGUCGCAAGAUCAAGAGAUUAUCAUCUUUGCUGACGUGGAAAGAGGGCCUGAUGAUCUCGUGGUAACAUACCUUCGGUAUCGUUUUUAUGACCGCCUUCCUUGGGACGAGUUCAAGAGACUCGGAAGCUCGGCAACACUAGCAGUGGUUAAAGCUGGCUGGAAUUGGAUCAUUCUGGAUCACAUGGCUGAAUCGAUACGCGAAGGACGAUUCAAGGAGUCGGAUCUGGAUAAGGCUCGGGAGAAGGCAAAGGAAAACCGUAAGAGCAAAUUCAGUCGGAGUGCUUCUGAUCCAAUCAGUUAUUUUGGUUGAGCGAAUAAAGUGG